AUGACCGUUCUGGAGAGCUGGGUCAACAGUUUUAGGCAUGCGCCAGAACAAUACACCGCAGACACUUCAUAUGCGGACAGCAUUGAUACUCAUAUGGCAGGAAAGCCAGAGGUUUUUGAGAAAGAAAAGCAUGAAAAUGCGAAACAAUUCUACGAAACAGAUGACCACAGCGUGAUGGCCAUGCCGGGAAAAUCUGCUCUAAAACGAACACUAGAUAGCCGGCACGUCCAGUUCAUUGCACUUGGUGGCGGUAUUGGAACUGGUCUUUUUAUUGGAUCUGCAUCAGAACUUGCAAAUGGAGGACCAGCAAGUCUGAUCCUCAACUUUUUCAUUAUGGGUUUCAUGCUGAUCUGUGUUGUAUUCAGCCUUGGCGAAUUAGCCUCUGUGCUUCCGGUGUCCGGCGCUCAUUCUGCGUAUGCCACGCGAUUUAUCGAUCCAGCGUGGGGUUUUGCAAUGGGAUACAACUACUUUUUGCAGUGGCUUGUCACAGCGCCGAUUGAGUUUACUGCAGCCUCCAUUAUGAUUCAGUUCUGGGAUACGAAAGAAGUGGUUCCUCGAGGUGUUUGGAUCGCAAUUUUUUUCAUCGUGCUACUCGUCAUAAAUUUGUUUGGGGUGCGCGGCUAUGCCGAGUUUGAGUUUAUUGCUACGCUGAUCAAAGUAAUAACAGUCAUUGGUUUGAUUAUCGUGAUGAUUUGCAUUGAUUGUGGUGGUACGCCUAGCAAUAAGUAUCUAGGUGCUGCUACAUGGCAUAAUCCUGGUGCAUUCAACAACUCUUUCAAAGGCUUUUGUGCAUCAUUUGCUGGUGUAGCCUUUGCUUUUGCUGGGUCGGAGCUUGUUGGUCUUGCUGCCGCGGAGACAAGGAACCACGCAAGGUGUUGCCCAAGGCUUGUCAGCAAAUCGUGCUGCGCAUUAUUUUGUUCUACAUCGUUUCGCUUUUUCUGGUGUCAUUAA